AUUAAAACUUGAGAAUGACAUCACCUAAUGACCGUACCAUACAGCCGUAAUGAGUUAUUGAAUUUAUUUGUAAUCCAUUUAGCAGACCGGAUGCACAUCCCUCUGAUACUACUUUUGAUAUUUGACACUUUCCGGGUGGAAAUUGGGAACGGACCUGAAUGGGUGUCAAAAAUUGCUUUUCUGCCUGGCAAAUCUUCUGUGGCGGAAGUUCUUAGGUUAAAGAAGGACACUGAUCAAUAAAUCAAUGAAGCGAAGCUUUCAAUGUCUGCUAGGACAUUUCCCGUUUCCUUCCUAACAAGGUUGCCCUCGUAAAUAGAUGUCCGUUAUUAUUGACUAAUUAGAUCUUAGAGCUCAUUGAUUCAUUGACGGUAAGUCAAAGUGUAGAUAAAUUUCAAAAUAUUUAUUUUUUGGCAUAUUUUUCCUUUAAGAGCAUACAGCAUAUGUAGACUGAUAUAAUAGCUUAAACCCAUCUCAAAUUCUCAAUGUAAUUUUUUUUCAGUACAGCAAAUUCAUUGUCGGAUAUGAUACAGCGUGGGUUAACUGCCCAUUGACAAAAGUACACUCUUCCGUCCAGUGAAGGGCAUGUAUUCCUCAGAGGAAUUGAUACUGGAGAGGUUUUAUAUAGGAGAGAUGAGCUCCCCCCAUUCAGUUCAUGCUGAGCUCUCAAUGCACGAACUUCAGACAUGGAAAAACUGACCACUGCUUUAUGAGGAUUGAGAUUUUUCCUUAAAAUUUUGAAGCAAUUGUCUUGAUAAAGGACCUGCAGCAAUGUCAGAAAGGAAGCCCAAAAACUCGGACACACGUCCCAAGAAUCUUCGGAGCUGGAGUGCCGAUAGUUACAUCCGCAGCAUCAAAAAACGCUCAAGAGGGUCCCGCCACGAGACAGCGCCCAAAGGGGAAGAAGGGGAGGGAAUGGAGGAUCAGAGCAUGCGCUCGGUCUCUUGUCCCCGGAGACGCAGGGAAAGAAAGUGCAGUUGCACGAUCCCGGGAGAACCCGAAUCGGACUCACCUUGCAGAAAAGCUAUGACUCGUCGAUCACUGAGACAGAAGUUUCAGGACGCUGUCGGCCAGUGUCUUCCUCUUCGCAGUCAUCACCACCACCAUCAUCAUCAUCACCAGUCUGGUUCUUCACGUCCGUUCUCCGUCCUUCUUUGGUCCAAACGAAAGAUUCACGUUUCCGAGCUCAUGGAGGACAAGUGUCCCUUCUCCCCAAAGUCCGAAAUAGCUCAAUGUUGGCAUCUGAUCAAGAAACACGGCACUCAGAUCAAACCUCCUUUAAGCAUCGCAGCAGAACCCAAAGGGCCCCGUACGACUUCCUCUCCUCCACCACUUAUUUCCUGGGAGGAGAUCAGUUCCAAUGGAGCUUCUAGCUUGGAUGACUGGGAUCCAUCUUUUUUACACGGGGACAGCCAGUGUUGUUCCCACACUGAUUAUAUCUUAGUACCUGAUCUUCUUCAGAUCAACAACAGCCCCUGUUACUGGGGCGUCCUGGACCGUUUUGAAGCCGAGCAGCUUUUGGAGGGGCAACCCGAGGGGACAUUUCUGCUCCGAGACUCUGCUCAGGAUGAAUACCUCUUCUCGGUUAGCUUCAGGCGCUACAGUCGCUCCCUCCAUGCUCGAAUAGAGCAAAACGGGAAGCGCUUUAGCUUUGAUGGCCGUGACCCGUGCAUGUACAGAGACUCGAGUGUCACCGGCCUGCUCAAGCAUUAUAGCGACCCUUCCGCCUGUCUGUUUUUUGAGCCCCUUCUUUCUCGCCCUCUACCUAGGAACUUUCCUUUUUCUCUACAGCACAUGUGCAGGGCGGUUAUCUGUAGUCGUACAACAUAUCAGGGCAUCGAUGUCCUGCCAUUACCCCAAAGUUUGAGAGAAUAUGUUAGGCAGUAUCACUAUAGAUGUAAUGGUGCCUGUGCUAUUUAAAUGCUGUCACAACAAUGAGACAAAAUUACGUGCUGCUACUUUUGAAUGGUCCUAAAAAAACGUUUACUGUGGAUGAAGUUAUCAUGUAAGGCAAAGGCCUGCUAUAUAGCUCAUCUAUCUCAGUCUGCAAAACAAACCAAAGACAUGCAAGCAGAUUUGUAUUUUUUACCAUAUAUUUGAUUUGAUUGUCUUAUUCUGCUUACGUCAGACCAUCAUCUGUUCAUAUAUUGUUUUGUAACUUUUUGUGUGCAAUAUAGACUUUCAUACACCAGAUAUUCAUGUAAGACAGGAAAUUAAUGCCAGUUUCAUCUGAUGGUAGUCCGUCAUGUUGUAGUAUAACCAUGUUCCACUAGAUGGCAGAGUUGUAAAACUUGCUUCACAUAUUCAAAUGGUGAAAUAUGGACACAUCUUGAACUUUUGAAGUUACCAAUGCUGCAAAACUGAAACAUCUUAUCUGUGAGUAUUAUUUGAUAGAUCUCUCAUUAUCAUAAUCAAUUUAACUGUUGUAGCUACCCAUUGUUAAUAAACAAAAGCAAUAGGAGACUUAUUUGUUUUGUGUUUCACAGAUGGGCGUUGGAAGACAAAAAAUGUGGGUGGGUCAAUAGGGGUUCAGUCUAUGAUGAUUCCCCUGUUCCCUCAUCGUGGGAUUAACAAAAUAAUGUUCGCCAUUCCAAGAUUUAUUUGAAGUGUUUGUGAAAUAAAAUGAAGGCCAAUUUAAAAUAUAGCUCAGUGUUGCAGGGGGGCGCGUUAGCCUAUAAAAUGUUUCACACCAGUUGACACAUCCUUAAGACACCACAGGCCUAUAUUUCAGUAUUCAUACCUGUGUAGCUAAUGGACUUUAGCUUAAUCUAAUGUGACAAAACUAAUCUUACAUGUCAGUAGAAAUUCAAGCAAAUUUGGAGAAUUACUAAAUGCAUUUCUUGUGAGUAAAUAAAAAAUCAACUCGGCGCAGUAACACCCUCCCUCUCCCAUUAUGAGAGGGAGAAGGGUAGCGGACUUUUCAGGCGAGUCGAAGUACUCCCAAAAGAGCUAUUACGCCAUAAAAUAUAGUUCCUCUUUUAAAUCCGCUUAGAAAAGCGCUACGUUUUAUUUUGUACCACCAAACUUGCUCGUAUAACUACUCGUCUUAAAUAGGAAAAACG